AUGGUCUACUUGGUAUUUCCAAGUGAUGGCUUGUGUGAAAUAAGAAUUAUUCUUUAUGUUUCUUCCAACUUUUUUGAUAAACCUUCUCAUCACGAAAUUCUUUUUGCAAGCUGGAGGCUUUCAGUGGAAACAGCUGCUCUAUCUUUUUGGAAAAGAGGGGAUGGCGGAUAUGGUGGGGGUCCCGGAGGUGGAGGGGAUGGCGGAUAUGGUGGGGGUCCCGGAGGUGGAGGGGAUGGCGGAUAUGGUGGGAGUCCUGGAGGUGGAGGGGAUGGCGGAGAUGAUGGAAAAUGUCCUGAAGGUGGCGAAGGUGGAGGAGAUGAUGGAAAAUGUCCUGGUGAUGGCGGAGGUGGUGGUCUUGGUGGAGAAGGAGGAGAUGACUGCGGACGUGAUGGAAAAGGUCCUGGUGACACAGGUGGAGGUGCCGGCGGUUAUGGUGGUAGUCCUAGAGGUGGAGGAGAUGACGAACAUGAUGGAAAAGGUCCUGGUUGCGAAGGUGGAGAUGAGGGCGGUUAUGGUGGUGGUCCUGGAGAUGGAGGAGACGAUGGAAAAGGUCCUGGUGGCAGAGGAGAUGGUGGACAGGAUGGAAAAGGUCCUGCGUGUGGAGAUGUUGGCGGUUAUGGUGGUGGUCCUGGAGGUGGUGAUGACGGUGGACAUGAUGGAGAAGGUCCUGGUGAUGCAGGUGGAGAUGUCGGCGGUUGUGGUGGUGCUCCUGGUCCUGGUGGUGCUCCUGGUCCUGGUGAUGCAGGUGGAGAUGUCGGCGGAGGAGACGGGCAUGAUGGAAAAGGUCCUGGUGGCGGAGAUGGAGAUGAGGGCGGUUAUGGUGGUGGUCCUGGAGGUGGAGGAGAUGGUGGAGAUGAUGGAAAAGGUCCUAGUGGCGGAGGAGAUGGUGGAGAAGAUGGAAAAGGUCUUGGUGGCGGAGGAGAUGGUGGAGAUGAUGGAAAAGGUCCUGGUGGCGGAGGAGAUGGUGGACAAGAUGGAAAAGGUCCGGGUGGCGGAGAAGAUGGUGGACAAGAUGGAAAAGGUCUUGGCGGAGAAGGUGGAGAUGUUUGCAGACAUGAUGGAAAAAGUCCUGGUGACGUAGGUGGAGAUGCUGGUAGUUAUGGUGGUGGUCCUGGAGGUGGUGAUGACGGCGGACAUGAUGGAGAAGGUCCUGGUGAUGCAGGUGGAGAUGCCAGCGAUUGUGGUGGUGGUCCUGGAGGUGGUGAUGAUGGGCAACAAGGAAAAGGUCCUGGUAGUGGAGGUGGAGAUGAGGGUGGUUAUGGUGGUGGUCCUGGAGGUGGAGAUGAUGGAAAAGGUCCUGGUGACGGAGGAGAUGGUGGACAGGAUGGAAAAGGUCCUGGUAGUGGAGGUGGAGAUGAGGGUGGUUAUGGUGGUGGUCCUGGAGGUGGAGAUGAUGGAAAAGGUCCUGGUGGCGGAGGAGAUGGUGGACAGGAUGGAAAAGGUCCUGCAUGUGGAGAUGCUGGCAGUUAUGGUGGUGUUCCUGGAGGUGGUGAUGACGGCGGACAUGAUGGAGAAGGUCCUGGUGAUGCAGGUGGAGAUGCCGGCGGUUGUGGUGGUGGUCCUGGAGGUGGAGGAGACGAUGGACAUGAUGGAAAAGGUCCUGGUGAUGAAGGCGGAGAUGAUGGCAGUUAUGGUGGGGGUUCCGGAGGUGAUGGGGAUAGCGGACAUGAUGGAAAAGGUCCCGGGGACGAAGGUGGAGAUGAGGGUGGUCCUGGAGGUGGGGGAGAUGGCGGACAUGAUGGAAAAGGUCCUGGUGGUGGAAGCGGAGAUGAGGGCGGUUAUGGUGGUGGUCCUGGAGGUGGAGGAGAUGACGGACAUGAUGGAAAAGGUCCCGGUGACGAAGGUGGAGAUGAGGGUGGUUAUGGUGGUGGUCCCGGAGGCGGAGGAGAUGAUGGACACGAUGGAAAAGGUCCUGUUGAUGAAGGUGGAGGAGAUGAAGGACAUGAAAAAGAACCUGGUGGCGGAGGAGAUGGUAGUGGAUAUGGUGGGGGGCCCGGCGGUGGAGGGUAUGGUGGACCUGGAAAAGGUCCUGGCACCGUGUAUGGUGGAGAUGGAGGAGAUUAUGGCAGUGGUGGAGGUUAUGGUGGGAACCCACACCCAUAUCCAUACAGUGGCAGUUAUUUGCCGGGCGGUUGGUAUUGGCCGGGCGGUGGUUAUUGGCCGGGUGGUGGGUAUUGGCCGGGGGGGAACAACGGGUAUGGUGGCUACAAGAAGAACAGUGGAAAACGAGGCCAGUAG